GGCGGGACACCGGAGAGAGGAACGUGAGAAUGACAGACGGAGGGUCGGGGGCGCGGGAGACUGCGGCAAUCCUGCGCAACUGAGGGUGGCGGGGAACACAGGCCACCGGUCGCAGUGUGAGCAAAGAACCCCGAACAGUUCUGUCUGCUGCUUCUAGUGGGUCCGUCUUCCACUUGCCAGCCACGGGAGGUUGCCAGGCAUGCUGGAAUCAAUCCGAGUAACCGAAAAACUUCGGUGGCCGGAGCUGGAGUUCGCCAAAAAAUCAGUUCUGUUGAAUCCCACCGAGAAAAAUGGCACCAGCCAAGCCAGCCUCCAACAAGUCUCCGCCAGCAUUCUGAAAGAAAUAUUUACGGGAAGCAAUGGCUACAACGUCCUGUUGCCAUCAAAGGUGGAGAAGAAGCGCAUAUGCUCCAGCCAUCACAAAAAACACCGGAAGUCUGCCAAACCAUCUGCAGUGCUGCGGUACAAGGAACGCCGGAACCCUAGUGCCUCUCUCCCACUGGUUGAUGAGGAGUGGUGUCUUGGAAACAAGCAUACGCAAUUGCUUGUGGGCAAUUUGGUUGCUAGCAGUUCAAAAUUCCCCCUUGGCAUAUCUGUGGUAGGAAGUGGUAUUGGUCUGUCCCAAAGGCCGAAAGGCAAGGUUAAAAGACUUUAUUUCUCAAGCCUGCAGAGAUCACGGUUGCCGGUUGGACAAGGCAAAGACAGCGAAGGUACCACUCGUAGACUCUGCAUCCUGACCGCUGUGAAACCGUCAAAUGUGGAGAAGGAGAAGGUCAAGUUCUUCAAGUCUGAUUUCACCUACAAUCCACAGUUUGAAUAUGCUAAUCCAGCCUUGCCCAAUGUGCUAGCAAGACACAGUGUUGCUUCCGAGAAAUUUCUUCUGCAGGCUAUUAAGAUAAUGAAAAUGGCCCUUCAGAAAUAUGGCAGUUAUGAGAAGUUUGAACAAGCAACUGGGGGAAACUUGCUCACUAAGAGUCGCAUUUGGUUCUACGUGAAGAAGUACAUGGAGAAGGAGAAUUGCCUUGGUGAUAUUGCAGUCCACUUAACAGAUGAUUUGCUUUCUCGUGCCUCGAUGACAAUAGUGAAUGGACGUCCAACUCUGACCAUCAAUGUUUCUACUGCACGUGAGCACUGGCUGGAGGGAAUGCUGAGACAUGAGAUAGGUACCCAUUACAUUCGAGGUUUAAACAACAACCUACAGCCCUGGAAUAACUGGAAUGGCCGCAGAAAACAUGGGCUUAAACCGAUCAACCCAACUGAAGAAGGACUUGCCAGCAUUCACAGUGUUCUGUUCCGCAAGGAUCCCUUCCUCUGGAGAGCAGCUCUGCUCUACUACACAGUGUACCAGGCCAGCCACAUGUCCUUCAGUGAGCUCUUCCUUGACAUUGGGAAAUUUGUGGAAAAUCCAAAUACUCGGUGGGAUUACUGUGUGCGAGCCAAACGUGGUCAGACUGACACGUCCCAGCCAGGGUGUUUUAGCAAAGACCAAGUCUAUCUGGAUGGCAUCCUUAAAAUUCUGAGACACCGAGACAGCAUUGACUUCCAGCUUUUAACAGCUUUGGGGAAGGUAUCUUAUGAAGAUGUGGACCGCCUCAAGGUUAUUGCCAUAUUGCAGAAUGUACAAAUACCUCACUUCAUGCAAGACCAAGCUCGGUAUCUGGAACAAUUAGACAAGAUCAUGAAAGUGAAUGGGCUGACAGAUUGUGAACUCCAGAUUUUGAUUUGAAACGAACUGUGACAUCUGAUUGAUCCAGUUACUGAGAUCACCAAAUAGUACUACGUUCACAGAAACUAAACUAUAAUUGUUCAGAGUUGGAUACAUGUUUGACAGGCAAUUUGUAUUUGGACGAGUUCACAAUUUGUAAUUGAAUUGUUCACUUUAAGGUACUAGUUGAUUUCUAAUUGAGGUUUGAAGUCUUAAGUAUAGCAGAGUACAUAAAUAUAUUUUACUAUGUUAAUGGUAUUGAGAUGAAAGCAGAAUACAUUUUGUAAAGAAAAACUUUUUAAAAGAAAAACAAAAAAAAAGAAAAAUUGCCUGAAAAAAAAGAGAAAUAUUUAUUUGUGCAGCAGGAAUGCAAAAGUAAAGUGCAAUGUGUGAAGAAUUCCAAUUGAACCAAAUUAUUGACAGAAUUGUGGUCUUCAGCAUGGUAUUACAUAUGCCUGAAUGUUUGUAGCAUUGUUUAGUGAGUAUAGCACUUCACCUGUGGCUGUGAUAAAUAUAUCAACUUACCUCCAUGUUCUCUUCCAGAAUUUAUAAAUUCAGGGGCUUGUGUGCGAACUUAACAACACUGAUGCUGCACAGAGAAACUGCAACAAAAAUUUACAUGUUAAAACUGUCACAUUAAUCUCUGCAAACUUGCACCAAUUGACAUUGUAUGUUACUGAAACAGUGGAGAAUGUUAGUAAGUUGCAUCUGUUUCUUUCUGUUAUUCUCUGAGAUGUUAUCCAUCUCUCUUCAGCCCUAUAAUGCACUGAUGAUAGACUGCCAUCCAGGGCACAGAACAAGUUUGCUGGGGUUGCCUAUCAUUUAUAGUCAUCAUGUGGUUUGUGCAACAAAGAGACAAGUCAUUCAGCUCAACAGCUCUGUACUUGUCUUUCUGCUCUAAAUAAUCCUUCUUUCUCAUCAGCUUCUACUUCCAUCUGCAUGAAUUCAUGAACCUGCUUCAAUGCUUUUCAUCUCAAUCACUGAUUGCAGAAGCUGAUUCUGCAGUCUCACCACUCUCUGUAUAAAGACUGUUAUGCUGAAUUCCACAUUGGAUUUAUAAUUGACCUUUGCAAAUUUAAGGAUCCUUGUUUUUGCAGAGGGGUAUAAUAUUCUCCUCGUGCUUUCCUCUCUUUUCUCCCAUUACCCCCUUGUUUAGGUUAGUAGUGGGUGGCUAAGUGGACAACUUUAUGUUGGUUGUUCAGAAGUCCUAGUGGUGCUCCUCCUCUCUCCCACUUCCCUUGCUUAAUCCUUUAGGUACCUUAGACUUCAACCCCAAGUCAAAUGGAGGUUUCAAUUAAAAAAAAGUAUGUUGGCAUUUCAGUUGUUCAUACAGUUUUGUUUUUGCUUGGUAGUCAAGAGGCCUUCCAGAAUGUAAGGAAAUGCUCAUCGAAUGCUUGGACACUCUCUCAUAAUCAUCCUCACGGACUAAGCUGGAACACAGAAGAACUGGGUUUAUUUUAAAUCUCAUACAUCAACAGAUGCUGGGGAAAAUUGGUCAGGAGUUAUGCUUUUGAUAUUGAAAGCUCUUAUUAAAUGUGUGAAACAAAAUAUCUUAGGUAGUAUCUGACUUCAGGAGUGGAUUUAUGGAAUAGAAUAAUUUAUUAAUGAACUCCUGAGCCACGUUCAUUUUCACUAAUCUGGUCACACUAUUAACAGUUCUACAACUAAUAAUAUUAAAGAUUUCUGUACAAAAUUAAAUAUUCUCUAAUUUAGCAGAACUAAUGGAUGGGGAGGGUAAAUUACAAAUAUCAGAAUUUGGUUUGCAUCCCUUGAUAGGUCUAGAUGAUGUCAUGUGUUAUUUGUGAUGACCAAUUCACAAAAGAUAGUGCAUGUGAGUUGUUGUUUGUUAUUGAAUUCUGUUAGCUUUUUCUCUCUUUUAAAAAAAAUGUUUAUGCAUGUAGUUUUGUACUUGUGGUGGAAUGAGAGUAAUUGCAGUCAGUUUGUUUGUCCAGUGUUGGGACAUUUUCAACCACUGUUUUGGUCAUCAAAUCCAAUAUGUACUACUGAGGGAAAAAAAAUAAAGACUAUUAUAUAAAUGUAA